UACUUUUUCAGUCCAAAGAGAGUUGCUUCAGUCAAGUAUCUUCCUUCCCUUCCUUAGAUUUCGUUGCUACGAUGCGCUCAUUUUACAAGUCCUCGCUGAGCGAAACUGAAAUAUCGAACAAGCACGCGAAGUUACUUCAGAUUUUGUCAGUGAAAAUAAUACACUUUUAAUCUGUUGACUCAGCAGCGAGCGGUGCUGUCAAUCUACGAAUGACAGCCAACAUAGUGUGAAACAAAGAGCAGGAUGAAGCUUCGAGCGCGCAACUUUGUCUCUGUUGACUUUUACCGCGCGUUUUCAUUAAAAAGUUAUUUGCCAUUUCUUUCGACGAUCGUUUUGAACAGGAAUAUUAAUUGUGGCUAAAACACACAAUUAUCGUGCGCCAAUGAGCUGACAGCUGAUGUCAGUGAUCAAUGGCCCGGGCGUUUAAUAGCCAAAUCCCGAUGUUUUCUUAAGAUUGUUGAUUCAAUUUAGCUGCCUUCCGAGCCACCUUGACGAGGUCUUGAUUAGCCAGCGCUUGUGAAACCGCCGCGUCAAACGCAAGCGUCAGGCACAGGAUUUUAACCCUUACAAAAGCGACAGUUGGAAAGCCAAGAAAUCCGCUUAACUUAAGGAGAGCGUAAGAUUACUUUUGAAGGCAAGGACGUCAAAAGAACGUUGCUAUCUUGUUCCCCACCGAUCGCGGCCAUGGAGAGCGCGAAGAUUCCGAUGCGAGGUAGAGUGAAAGAUGCUGAAGCCGAGGCAUUGCUGAGAUUGCUCCGACAAGAAAAAGAGUUCAAAGAACGAAUUUCGGCGCCUCAAAUUCAGCAGAGAACUCCUUUGCCAGCGAUAGGAAGCAGUGGUGAUAGCACAACACAACAAACAACAGCAUGUGAAAGAACAAGUGCCACUAGUGGAACAUUCAUCACACAAACGGUCGAAGAUUCGCGCAUCCUUAGUUCGGACAAUGAACACAACAAGGAGUUAGUUAGUGACUCGAGUUUUUCAUGGACACCAAGUUUAGAUAUGGGUAGCAAUUUACUUCAUUCCUCCCACAAAGAGAUUUGCGUUCCUCCGUUCACGUGGAGAGAUGAACGAAGUUUAUCUUACUCAAAGUACGAGCGACAUCGACACGGGCGGACUUUGCCACCCCUUGAAAUCCCCUCAAGCCCUGUCUCGGACUUGUCAGAACGCCCAACUUGCCCUAAACCGGGAUCGCCGAAGUUCUGGGAAGAUUAACUUCCACUCUGAUAGAAAUGCAGCGGAGGAGUUACUCAGGAGAAAGUUCGACCUUGGAAACGUAAUCGAGCUGGCGUUAACUUGCGGCAAAUGUGGAAAUCACAUGGAAAUCCAAUGCUUACAAGUGUUUUCCUCAUGGUGUUCGAGGUCAUAUUUCUACCCUACGCUUCACGGCACCAAAAUAAAACUCACGCGAGAGGUUGAUACAGUAUUAUAUAAUUGCGCAUGCAGUGUCAACAAAGGUUAUAAUGCGAUACACAAAAUACUGUUACUCGACGGACUCACCUCGAAGGCGAAGAGAAAUAUUAUUUACACUAGAGUAGCUUGAGGCUCGUAUAUCUUUGAUCGGAUCUUUUAAGGAUACUUAUAUCGAUAACUUAUCUUGAAAGAUAAGAAAAUCAUUGUCGUGGUCAGUUGAUACGCCAUAGAGUAAUGACUGACAGUUUAGGCUAAUAAUAUCUGCCACAUGGUGGGGUUCGCCACAAGAAACGGAAAAGGAACACGGAAAUCUUCGCAGGAUACAAAUCUUUAAGAACAACAUAACGUUACAGUUAAAUAUCAAAAUAAAGUGAAAUCGGUGCGAAUUACGCGCUUGAACACUCGAGUGUAUUUUGAUUGUGUCACUAUGUACAAGUGUCAAGUUGCGGACCACGAAAAUCUCAGUUACAAGAUUUUCUACACGAAUCGCUUGACACUAAUUCGCAAGUACAACAAAAUCUUACAGGAACCUUUCAAACUUAAGGGCUUCUAGGAAAUGAGUUAACCAGUUUCCAAGGCAACGUUGAUUCGCUCUCAAUCUGAUUUUGUGGCUUUUUCAGCGCGAUGUGAACACAGCAAAAGCGAACUAGAGAAGUAUGGUACUUACAGAAAGCGUUUGUUAAAACUUCUGUAAUACCCAAAGCAAAAAUUUAUCUGUCUUGAAGGCAUAGUAAAAGAGAGUUCCAGUAAUGUUAUUGCAAUAAAUCCCGAGUCGAGGAUAGUGUGUUCUGCGAAAUCUGAAUCAGUCAUGAAUAAGUAGCUACUACUAGUGUUUUGUUUUUCUUCGUGUGUUUCCUAGCGAAAUUUCGUUCGUGUUUACGUAAAACCACAAGAGAAUGAAACUUGAAAGCCAGCUGGUCGAAAAUGUUUGUUAAAAGGUUGAUUCGCUUAUAUCACGAAGAAGUUGCCGGAAAGAACGGUAUCGAAGAAACUUGAAACUUAAAAUGUACGAAAGAAAACGACAUUUUGGUGAUAAAAAUGUCCAAAGUGUGUACGUUAUUUUUUACGCGGACCGUUGCGUGUUUCACAUCUAAUAUUUGGUUGACAUUUGUUUCACAUUUGCAUAAUUGAACUCAAGUUUGCUCAAUGCAAGUAUGCUUGUGUAAAUACCACAGUGACUAGGAACACUUAAAUGUAAGCAUUAACGAGCUGCAAAUUAGUUUGGAAAUCAGUUAUGGCAACUGGCCAGACAUUUGGACGUCCGGAGGUAUUCCUUAAUUCAGUGAAUAGUUAGAAACCACAGAGAGUCGGUAGUAAAUAUUUGCUAACUUCAGUUUCGAGUAAUUCCUUGGGAUCCUGAGCGACAUACAAGCUAGCCGCGUUUAACAGGACUUUAUCAGUAGGUUGAGCAAUAAAACACGCUCGUGAAAGCAACGAGAAAAUGCAAAUGUAGGCUAAAUAUAUUGCAAGUGGUGGCGUGACCAGCUUAAAUUAAAAGGCACAUAUAAUAAAAAAUAGUGGGGGUCAACGAACUCGUUUUUAAGUUAUAAGUACUUAAAGCUAAAAUUAAGAGUGUUUUUAGCAGGUCAUAUUGUUGCUAUGGUAACCUAUUGUGCCACAAAAUUGACAGUAACAUGUUCACCUAUGUUUGGGCAGUUUUUUUAAUACCAUGGUUUUGGCAUCAGCUAAUGACCGAUCAAAAUCUACGUCUUGGAAAGUGAUGGAAACUGUU